CGUCAAUCCAAUCCUAACACUGGCGUUUCUACUAGGAGGGACCCCGUUACACAACGUCAAAGCGUAUCCACGGGGGAAAAUGCGAUUCGCUUGGGUGGUAGCAGCCGGAGUCGUCUUGACGACGACGACACAAGCCUUGGUGCCUUUAGAUUGCACGGGUAUGGGUGAAACAAGAACGAGCGGCAUCCGUCCGAUCCGGGGUCUGGAAAGCAACAUGGCCCGGUACGCUACUGUACGCCACGGCACCGACCAGACGAACCACGGCAUAACUUCCUCUUCUGAAAGACAGUGGCCUUUUCCACGCGGGGGUUCUUCUCCCAGAGCGGUAGCGAGGUCCGUGGCGACGUUCGGACUCGGUUUCUCCAUCGCACUGGCGAGUGUUUUCGGAGUCGCGGCGGCUCCCGUCGGGGCCGACACGACUCCCGCCGUCAAGUACGACGGAUUCGCAGAAUACGCUCAAGAUAACCAAAUGGAGCAAUCUGACGUCGGAUGCUUUAUCAAUAAAUGUGGUGAUCAAACCAAGGCUCUCUUUAGCAAUCCGCGUGGAAUCAAAGGUGUCUCCUGUUUGGGACGCUGCAAGGGCGAGCAAUCGUGUGCGACGCGGUGUUUUGCCGAAUUCGGAAGCGAGAGCUUAAACGCAUGGUUGUCCUGUACUAUCGAGGAAAAUGAGUGCGUCAAGGUCCCGAAAAAUGUCGACAACAGUGCGGAAGACAUCGGCUACAGUACCACGCUACGCUCGUUUGAUCCGCAGAGUUUGGUGGGUACGUGGUACAAGACCGAUGGAUUGAAUCCCAACUACGAUUUGUUUGACUGUCAGAAGAAUACUUUUACACCAACGAGUGACAAGGAACUCGAUAUGGGAAUAUUCUUCCGUGUCCAACGACCGCCAGAGUCGGGCGGUGGCUAUUGGGAAAACGCUCUCACCGAACACAUGAUCGUAGAUGUCCCGGUACAGCCCCCGACUGCCGGGACUCAACUCGUCGCGUCCGCCAAUGCCGCCACUGGUGACCUUAACGAUGAACUCAAUCCGACCGGUCGCACCAUGCAUACCGCCGGUAAAAUGUACGGUCUCGAGUUUACCGAAAACUGGUACAUUCUCGGUGAAUCCGACGGUAAGGGAUCGGUUCCCCCUUUCAAGCUCGUGGCAUACAAGGGCCACACAUUGCAAGGCAACUACGAAGGCGCCUUUGUGUACGCCAAGGAAGCCACCGUGCCGGAAGCUGCCAAACCAGCGAUUCGCGAGGCUGCCACCAAGGCGGGCUUGGAUUUUGAUGCCUUUACUCGUAUCGACAAUACCUGUUCGGUAGGAGACUCUUUGAACGAUGCACAAGCGGGGACCGGAACGUCCACGACAGAUUGGAUCAAUCUCGUCGUCGGUGAAGGCGGCGUGAUUGACUGGAUUUCUCCCGGAUGGCGGGGGGAAUACAAGGCGAAACGCUAAAAAGCUAUACAACCCAGCAUAAGAAGCAGUUAAAUAAGCUAGCUAAAGUAGCCCGUGGGCUUCAUUUGG